AUCUAAAAAUAUCAAUAUUAUCUACUUAUCAUGGAUUCAGGUAAGUCUCCUGAAUAAAGUGGGGUGGAGUGUUGCAAGGAAUACUUGUUUUGAUUAUUUGAAUCAACUUUCUUCUUUUUGUAGACCAGCAGUUCUCAGAGGGUGGUCUGGGGAUUCCAAGAUACUUUCUUUUCUUUUCUUUUCUUUUCUUUUCUUUUAGUAUAUUUUAUUGAUUUUUUUAGAAUGACAAUCUUUAGUGCUUAGUAAACAACAUGUUGUCUGGGUUCAUAUAUUUAACAACAGUGAAUAAUUAAUUAAUUAAUUAAUUAAUUAAUUAAUUAAUACUUUCAUAAUCAACAUAUUAACUAGAAAUACUUUUCUUUGGUCCUCUGUUCUUCCAAUAAGUUCUCCUUUUACCAACAUUAAGCAAAUACAGUUCUUAAUACUUUCAACACAUACAGAUUUAAAUAUAAACAUUUUUCUAAUAUUUAACAAUAACAUCAGUAUGUAAUAUCUUUUCUACUCAGCUUAUUUUACAGUUGCAUGUGCAAAAAAUAAUCUUAUUUAAAGUACUAUAGGUCCUGUUUUCAGAACUCUUAUUUAAGCUUAGUUUCCCCUCAGUAGUCAAAACAUUUGUCAGUUAUAGUUUUCUCAAAACUGAUUACAUUUAAAAUUUCAAAAUAUUUCAUGUUUAAAUCAUCCCAAUAUUUUUACAUUUCCCAUAUCAUAAAAAAGAAAAAAAUACUACUGUAUAUUACUUAUAGAUCAUAUUUCUCUUACUGUAAAACUUCUUCAUUUCCAAGAUUUAACUAUUCUUUUAACCAUAUUUAGACAAAUGUUUUGUCAUAUGAUACUCCAUCUGAUAUGUCAAGUCAUCUCUCUUAAAUCUAGUUCUUGCCUGUUCUUAUUUAAGCUUAGGUUCCCUUCAGUAUUCAGAACAUUUCUUAUCAGUUAUAAUUUUCUCCAAGUUGAUUACAAUUGAAUAUCCAAAACAUUUCAUUCAUUUAAAUCAUCUCAUUAUUUUUACAUUUCCCAUAUCAUAAAGCAACACUAUACUACUUUAUAAAUCACAUCUCUUACUAUGGAACCCAGCAAUAAGGUUGUGAAGUGAAUUUGACUUCCCCAUCGACUUUGUCUGUCAGAAGGUUGCAAAAGAGGAUCACAUGACCCAGGGACACUGUAACCGUCAUAAAUAUGAGUCAGUUGCCAAGCAGCUGAAUUUUGAUCAAGUGCCCAUGGGGGAGGGAUGCUGAAAGGGUCAUAAGUGUGAAAAAUGGUGAUAAGUCUCUUUCAGUGCCUUUGUAACUUUGAACAGUCACUAAAGGAACUGUUGUAAGUCGAGGACUACAUUAUACUCCAUUCGGAGCAGCGACCCCCGACUCAAACCGCUUUGCAUGGCCCGGAGAACUCUGCGCUGAAAUCAGUCCCUGGAUUUAAUUUAAUUUAAUCCCUGGAGGAAGCGUGCUGGGCGCUUCAUCCUCCAGAUCUCUGAAAAACAGCUCUCAAUGAAGCGAGAAAGGAUUGCAAAACGAAAAAGCAAGAAAGGUUGGCCCAAAAUAAAACAAGCCAGCUGCACCACGGCUUUUCUUCUCCGCCCCCAAGCGGCUGGAGGAAGGGGGGGGGAAGGCCCAGGGCCGCUAGCUUCUCCCCCGCUCCGCGCAGGGCUCUCUGAACAUGGCCACGCACGUUUUCCUCACGGGACCCCCAGGAAUUGGAAAAACAACAUUGGUACGGAAAGCUGCUGAAAUUUUGAAAUCAUCUGGUAUCCCCAUUGAUGGAUUUUACACAGAGGAAGUGAGAGAAGGUGGCCGGAGAACGGGGUUUGAUGUUGUCACGCUGAAUGGAAGAAGAGGAAUUUUAUCUAGAGUUGGCUCUGGUCAUUCAGCAGCAAGGCAUGAAUAUCGUGUUGGUCAAUAUGUUGUAGAUCUAGCUUCAUUUGAACAGUUGGCUCUUCCUUUGUUGAGAAACACGGAUUUUGACAGCAGUGCAAUGAAAAAGGUAUGCAUAAUUGAUGAGAUUGGUAAAAUGGAGCUCUUCAGCCAGACAUUUAUUCAAGCUGUCCAACAAAUUUUGAAUGGAUCCGGGACUGUGAUACUUGGAACAAUCCCAGUGCCUAAAGGAAAGCCUUUGAGACUUGUGGAAGAGAUCAGAAAUAGAAAAGAGGUGAAACUCUUCAGUAUUACGAGGGAGAAUCGAGAUGACAUUUUACAAGAAGUUGUGACAGCUGUGGAAAGCUGCCUAAAAUGAGAUGUUUGUCUUCACAUCCCAUCUUCUGCUGUUUACAGUUUGACGUUAUUUUCAUUAAUAUCUUCAGCUUAAUUUAGUUGGAAUAAGCUGGUGUAGGUGUUCUUGUUUCACAUUUGUUUUCUGACGUGGUUUUCUGAAACAGAGUUAAUUUGUUCAAGAAAAUAAAUGCACACACAAACACAGCUACACAUUCACUGAGGUAAUGAUUGGCUUCAACAUAAUAAUGCUGAGAAUCCAGCCUUUAAAUUGAUUGAUACCUUAUUUUAAUUCAUGUUAAUAGUGAAAAUGUUUGAACAAUCUGCUGAGGCUCAGUCCUAUCUCCAAUCAGAUACUUUUUCGCUUACAGCACUGCAUUGUAGAAGGAGGGCUUCCCCAUGGUGUAAAGACUUGCCAGACUCUCUUCCACUCUCUUUGGAACACGUUUCACGAAUGCCAGAAGUAAAAAAAAGGGCAGCCAUGGAGAACUAGAAAAAGAGGCAUAUUUCUCAAAUGCCAAUGAAUUUUCUUUGCUUUGAAAAAUUCAGAGGUCUUUUAGAAAUUUAUCAAUAGCUAAAGCAUUUUGAUUACCAGUUACCAGUAACUGGUAAUCAAAAUGCUUUAGCUAUUGAUAAAUUUUAUACAGUUUAAAAAAUACUUUUCACUGGCGUUUAGGGAUCUCAGGAAUCAAACAUUAAACUGAAUUUGCCUCUGAAAAUAAAAGUUAAAGACGACUAGAAGACUGGAAACAAGGCUUCCGUAUAUCUUGUGUUGUUUUUGGGUUGUGCUUAAAAAAAUGAUUUUAAGAUGUUGGUGAAAUCAGAUUUUCCAAAAUCUCUUUAUCCCUUCACUUGUUCGUUCAUUCAGCUCUUAACUUCUAAAUAUUUAUCAAAUACUUUCUAGCUAUUUGUUUCUAUAUGGAAAGUAUUUCUCUUGUGAAUAAUUUUGAUUUCUCUUAACUCAACUUGACAUUUGAUCAGCCAAGUUAAAUUGCUGUGUUUACUAACACGUAACAUUUUUUAUUCCCUUUGCACCUUUUUCUGUUAAUAAAUAAGCUAUAAAUUACUGUGACACAACAUGUAUCCCACAAGACCUCUGAAUGGUGUUCAGGCAAAUUGUUUACCAUUUAAUCAGUUUAGCAUAUCUUGAAAGCUAAAUUCUCAGCCAGGUGCACAUGUUUUCAUACGCUGCAAUGUUUUUUUUGGCACCAGUAAAAAAAAAUGUAAAGAUACUCAGCCAAUUUUCUUUUGGAAUGUGAAAUGUAACAUAUGUUCAAUUAAAGCAUUCCUUAGUCAAAGGAAUGUAGAAUCGCA